CGUGCGCGUGUGCAGGGCGUUGAACCGUGACGAGGAAGACGAAGAGAAAAAAAAGGAAGAGGAGAAGAAAAUCCAGGUAUAUUGCUACCUACCUACCCACCUUGCCAGCCAAUCCAUCCACCAACCAAGCCCUCCAUUAUGGUCGAAGUACUUCGGGCCCCGUCACUCGGACAGCCGGCGGCGGCGUCGUCGUCGGGCUCACCCGAUAUGAUGGAGAUGACGAGCAGAUUCCUCGACGUGGACCUCGGCCCCGCCUCGGAGUCGUCGGCGGCCGGGUUGCAGCAGCAACAGCACCACCAGGGCCAGAACCACCAGCAGCAGAAAGGGUCCGCGAAGGAAGGCUCCAAGAACGGCCUCGUCAUGCCUAGGCGCGCCUUUUCAUCCACCGACUGCCCGGCCGUGAGCCCCCACCACCCCGCCUUCGCCGCCCUGCAGCGGCAGCACCGCCAGCUCACGCCGAGGGAGUCGGCACCCGAAACCGCCGACUCGUAUUUCGACUUCCGCCCCACACACCCCUCCUCUUCAUCGUCAUCGUCAUCGUCGUCGGCAACCUCCCCGAUGCCGCCGCCACGGGUGGCGGUGACGAACCACUACCAGCCGCAGCGCGGCCCGGGCCUCCUUGCCCCUCGCACGAUACCACGACCUCCCGCGGGGCUCGCGACCCCCGCGUCGCUGGCGCGGCCUCCACUGCCAUCGCCGCAGCGGUCGUAUUCGGUGAUGGACGUGGAGCCGGUGCCGUUCACGCACCGGCCGGGGAUCGCGCUAACACUGGCAGAGCUGCCGCCGGAGCUGCACUUCGCCGUGUUCGACUUCCUCGACCCGAUCGACAGCACGUGCCUCGGACUCACGAGCCGUCACUUCUACGCGAUCCACCGGCGGCUCCACGGCAGCGUGGCGCUGUCGGCGCGCCGCCAGGGGCCCAACGACAUGGAGUGGGUGUGGCGCAACGCCGGCCCGUUCGUGGCGCCGGGGAGCAGCAGCAACGGCAGCAACGGCAGCAACGGCAGCAACGGCAGCAACGGCAGCAGCGGCGGCCACGGGGCCGACAGGCAGAACUCGCUCGCGCUGCUGACGCCGCGCGGCCAGGUCUACUGCCGGCGCUGUCGCACGGCGCGCUGCGAGCUGCACAACCACAUCCGCGAGUGGGUCCGCGAUUGUGCCGGCGGGACGUUCGGAGGCGAGAUCGAGUACUGCGCGGUGACGCACAAGUUCGGGCUGCCGGCGCCCGCGGGCGCCAGGGCGUACUGCUAUCUCAGCUCGCCGGUCAAGCGCCGGUGCGGCAGGCACACGAGACAGCAGCGCACGGUGCGGCUCGUGUGAUGGCUUGUUUCUUGCUCGGUUGCCCGUGUGUACGUGUCCAUAGGCCUGCAUAUGCGUAUAACGUCAUCGGGGCUGGGGGGAAUAAGAAAAACGGAGGAGUUGGGGCAGAUCUCUCUCCCUUUCGGGGACGAGUUAUGACCUGUAGAAUCUAACGGGAGAAGGGCU